GGCUAAAGGAGGCUCCAGGACCCAAGAAACUCUUGACACGAGAGAGUAAUUCAUUUGCUUGGGGAUGCUAGUUAAAGUCGCAAGACUGUGAAACUUGCACACCUCAGAUGGGACUGAAGCCUCAAUCUCCUCUCAAACCUCUCAAACUGAAACUGCACAGCUCUCUCAGGACUUAACUAACCCCAGGUUGUUUAAUGUCUGCAUGCUGAAGGAAGUUCAGUCAGAGGCCAGGAGAUAGGUAAAUACAAGCAGAUUAACGUAAAAAUGUUGCAGGAAAAUGAGGCACCAGAGGAUGUUCACGUCCCAAGUCUCAGAUAAGUUCCUGGGACUGGCUGCCAAAUGAGGGCCCCUGACUUUGUACAGGAAAGAAUUCAAGAGCGGACCGCAGUAAAGUGAAAGCCGGGAUACACGUUACAUGGGCUGAGUGCUGUCCAUCUCAAAAGGUAUUCCCCUAGCUGGUGGGCAUGAUGCAAAACAGAUUUGAUUCUUACUUUCAUGGAGUUCAUGAUCCGUAAGCUAAACAGACAUUGAUCAAGUAAACAAAGAGGUAGCUGGUCCAGAAUAAAGUUCCAGCUUCAUCCAAUGUGUCUCUGUACUCCAGCCAGCAGAAAGGAGCGAAAGAGAGAGUGAUCUAGAUGACAGAGAAAACCUGGUUUCUGAACACAGCCACAAAGGGAAAGCUUGUCGCCAGUCUGCUGCUGUUUUUAAUGUUGUCAACUCAAUUAUAGGAUCUGGUAUAAUAGGAUUGCCUUAUUCAAUGAAGCAAGCUGGUUUUCCUCUGGGAAUAUUGCUUUUAUUCUGGGUUUCAUAUGUUACAGACUUUUCCCUUGUUUUAUUGAUAAAAGGAGGGGCCCUCUCUGGAACAGACACUUACCAGUCUUUGGUCAAUAAAACUUUCGGCUUUCCAGGAUAUCUCCUACUCUCUGUUCUACAAUUUUCGUAUCCUUUCAUAGCUAUGAUAAGUUACAACAUAGUAACUGGAGACACUUUGAGCAAAGUUUUCCAAAGAAUCCCUGGAGUUGAUCCUGAAAACUUGCUUAUUGGUCGCCAUUUCAUUAUUGUGCUUUCCACCAUUGCCUUUACUCUGCCUCUGUCCUUGUAUCGAGAUAUAGCAAAGCUUGGGAAGAUCUCUCUUAUUUCUACAGUUUUAACAACUCUAAUUCUUGGAAUUGUAAUGACAAGGGUAGUUUCACUGGGUCCACACAUACCAAAAACAGAAGAUGCCUGGAUAUUUGCAAAGCCCAAUGCCAUUCAGGCUGUUGGUGUGAUGUCGUUUGCAUUUAUUUGCCACCAUAACUGCUUCUUAGUUUAUGGUUCUUUGGAAGAACCCACAGUAACUAAGUGGUCCCACAUCAUCCAUGUGUCCACAUUGAUUUCUGUAUUUAUCAGUAUUCUCUUUGCUACAUGUGGAUACCUGACAUUUACUGGCUUCACCCAAGGAGACUUAUUUGAAAAUUAUUGUAGAAAUGAUGACCUGGUGACAUUUGGAAGGUUUUGUUAUGGCAUCACUGUCAUUUUGACAUACCCGAUUGAAUGCUUUGUGACUAGAGAGGUAAUUGCCAAUGUGUUUUUCAGUGGGAAUCUUUCAUCAGUUCUCCACAUUAUCAUAACAGUGGCUAUCAUUACUGUAGCCACACUUGUGUCAUUGCUGGUUGAUUGCCUUGGAAUAGUUUUAGAGCUCAAUGGUGUGCUUUGCGCAGCUCCCCUAAUUUUUAUCAUCCCAUCAGCCUGUUAUCUGAAACUGUCUGAAGAACCAAGGAUGCACUCAGAUAAGAUUAUGUCCUGUGUCAUGCUUCCCAUUGGUGCUGUGGUGAUGGUUGUGGGAUUCGUCAUGGCCAUUACAAAUCCUCAAGACUGCACCCAUGGGCAGGAAAUGUUCUACUGCUUUUCUGACAAUUUCUCCCUCACAAACAUCUCAAUUUCUCAUUUUCAACUGACAACACAACUUUCAAUUUUAAACAUCAGUAUCUUUCAAUGAGUUGAACUGUUUUAAGAAAUAUGUAUUUUUCAUAGACUUCUAAAACACAUAACAACAUUCAUAUGUUUUAAUCUCUAUAUUAUAAAAAUUAUCCCUUUGACAUUUAUCAAGACUUGGUUUUCUUUACUCUUUAGUACAGUAUGAAAGAUAAAAAGGAAAAGGAAAUUGAAUAUAUUAUAUCUUAAACUGGGACAAAAUAAAUGUUUUGUUUUGAUGACUGUCUGCACUAAUCUUAAAUGCAGAUGGAAAAGUGCUUCCAUCCUCUCAAAGCAUUAUUCUCUUACUUAAUAUGUAAGCUAUAGGUUAUAUCUUGUGCUCUAAAAUAAGUAGAUGAUCGUGGGUUGGAAUUUUGUGUAUGUGUCCUUUAUGGGAAAAAUACAUUUCUUUUGUCUUUUAAAGUCUACGGAAUCAAAGGGAAGGAAAACUCAAAACUAUUACAGAAACUACAUAUCCCAAGAGCAAAGUGAGGCUCUCCAUUAUAAUUUUAUCAGCAUCCCUUAUUUAGAAGGAAGUGAAUCCCUGGAGAAAUGAGUAAAGUCCUUCCCAUGUUAUGAAGCAUGAAUAAUAGACUGAGUGUACAGAGCAAGGAGUGUGAAGAAUCAAAAUUACCUCUUAAGUUUUUAUCCUGUGGGAAUAUGAUGGUAGUGCUAUUAAAUAAAUUAUAAAACAGGGAAAAACCACAAGUUGUUCUGAGGCUCAAGCUCAAGAGAUCAGUUAGGCAUCAGCUUUGGACCUGAUGAAUGUGAAGUGCUGGCAGGAAUAAAGGACUUGAAGCUGAACUUUCAGACUGGAAUCUUGAGAAUCAGGGCUACAAAAGAAGCAGUCUCACUACUCCAGAGGGUCCUCAGAGAGAUUCUUGGGAGUUUAUGUUGACUAGAUUCUUCAGAAGCAGACUUUAAGAUGGAGUUUGGCCUGUGGAGUAUUUAUUAGGGAUUAUAACUAACAGGAGAGAGAGGCUAAGCAGGAUGAGAUGGGUGAAAUGGAACUGAAAUGCAGGCUGAUAAAGCCUCAGCCAAGUCCACAAGGAGUGUGGAGUUUACAUGGCCCAUCAGAGUUGUCGUGGUUCAAGUGAAAUAGCCAAGUUUUAAAUCCACUGCCUCCAUCAGCCCUUAAAUGUGGGCAGCUCUUUGCAGCUGAGCAAACCAUAGGGGAACUGAGAGUUGGAGGUGGUCUGCAGGUGGCCGGGACACUAUUGCUUCCUCAUAGGGGAUCUGGGAGGCGCAGCUGUGUCUUCCACAGCAGGCCUCAGUUUUGAAUGAGGAUUUUUUAAUGUCUUGUAAUAAGAAUUUCAUGUUUUCAUAGCUAUGACAGUCUUUUAAAAGUAACAAGAAAAGAUGGGACCAUCUGGAUGGCUCCUUUAAAUCAAGUAUCACCCAAGAUUUCAUUUCUCACCUUUUCAUUUGUAUUUCAGUCGAGUUGACAAUCCAUAGUGCUGUAUUAAUUAUUGUCAAAUAGAGAGAAAAUAUCACAUGCAGAACUGAUGUAAACAAAUCACAGGCAAAAAAAAAAAAAAUCCCACAGGAAGUGUAUAAGGCAUAGUUUCAUA